UCUUAAAGUUGGCCAAAAAGGCAGCCAAGUGCCCCCAGGAACAUUCAGUCAAGCCGCGAUCGCCGAGCUCUACGGACGUCUCUCUCUCCAAAUCUCUUCGUGAAUCGGAGUGAACUUAAGUGCUGACCGGAAAAUUCUUUCGGCCAAGAAAGUUCUUCGAAAAAGAUCUCUAUCGAUUGUGUUUUUUGUGUAAUUCCCGUUGGAUGUCUCUGAACGCCGAACGAUCGUACAAAAUGAAACUGCGCGAUGUGGAAAAUGCCUUCAAGUACCGGCGCAUACCGUAUCCCAAGCGUUCCGUGGAGCUGAUCGCCCUGCUGGCUAUUUCGUGCACCUUCUUCCUGUUCAUGCACACGAACAAAUUGAACAGUCGCCUCAAGGAGAUGGAGGUGAAGCUGCAACCGUCGGAGUUUUCGGCCCUGGGCCUAACGGGCAACCACAUCAGCGGACACGAUGCGGGCAAGCACGACGACAUCAACACUUUACAUGGCACCUACCAAUAUCUGAAGAGCACCGGCCAGCUAAAACACCUGACCGCCGCACAGCUGAACAACACCCCGCGAGCCCAACUGGACACGAUAUUGUUCAAUCGGAUCACGAAGACUGGCAGCGAAAAGAUGAUGGAGUUGCUCAAGAUCCUGGGCCAGCGCAAUAAUUUCGAGGCUCGUCGCGAUGUAGAGGGAUUCUACGAAGUCGUCUUAAUGCACGACGCCUAUGCCAAGAACUUUUUACGCACUGAAGUGCUCAACUGCAGCAGAGCCAACACAUAUACGAAACAUGUGGCCUUUUUGGACUUUGACCGAUUGGACGAACCCUGGCCGAUAUACAUUAACAUGGUUCGAGACCCCAUCGAGCGACUGGUCAGUUGGUUUUACUACGCCCGCGCCCCAUGGUAUUUGGCCGAAAGAAGGGAAGUCUUUGGGGACGCCGUCAAAAUGCCCAGUAUAGAGUGGCUCAAAAAGGACUUUAACCGCUGCAUCGAGGAGCACGAUCCCGAGUGCGUGUUCGAGCAAAUGGAAUUGGGAAAUCUGGGCGACCAUAGACGACAGUCACUAUAUCUUUGCGGUCAGGUCCAGGAGGUGUGCAUGCCCUUCAACUCCCACGAGGCCAUGCAACGGGCCAAGAAGAACGUGGAGGAGCACUAUGCAGUGGUUGGGACCUGGGAAGAUACGAAUACCACGCUAUCGGUCCUAGAGGGCUACGUACCACGAUUCUUCACCGGGGCCAAAGACGAGUAUUACGCUUUGAAGAAAAAGUUGGGAAAUGUGAACCGAAAUGUCUUCAGACCCACUCUCAGUGAUAAGGCGAGGGUCAUACUCAGCCAAAAUCUCACACGGGAAAUCGAGUUGUAUCAGUUCAUCAGACAUCGUCUGUACAAGCAGUAUAUAGCCCUGCAGCUGGAUAUAGAUCCCAAGAUGAGGGAUUAGUAGAGCACUAGACACUAAGGGUUCGUUGAAGAGUAAUAAAUCUAUUCUAAUUUUCGUAUUGCUUCGAUCUUUUCCGGAAUAAUUCUAACCCUAGCUUGGUGAACUUUCGAUUGGGCCAGCUUCGAUAGAUUUCGCAAAGAUUUUGCCUCAUAUAGCUU